AUAACAGCUGCUCUGAUAUCUGCCAAUAAAUACACGAGAAGAAGAAGACGGCGAAGAAGAAAAAGAAGCGCCAGAUUUGUAAACUACCGACGAGCGUGUGGAUUAUUGACAUAUGUAUCGUAUCAUUUCAAAAAUAUUCGAUCCAGUAAAUAGUUGACAAAAUGUCUGACGCGUCAGGCUAUUCUCCCAGCUUCAAGCGACCUUCGGAAAUCAUGCGAAUGCGAAGGAAAAGAGCGCGGAGCGAAGCUUCUUCUUCCAGCCCGAGCGGAGCCAGCGGACAAAGCUCGUCGUCGUCGCCGUCAUGUCGGCCCUUUGCUCCCGGUCCUCUUUUUAACAAAGUGGCUUCAGUGAAACGCAGGAACCCUUUCGCCAACAUAAACAACACAUCCACUCCCAGCAAGAGGCGGCUCAUUCACGACGAAGAUGACAAGAUGGCGACGACCGAAACAGAAUAUGUGGACGAGGUGUCAUUGCUGGAAAGACUUGGACGACAGGAAAAUUGUUCUCCUGGUUCUGAAGAUGACUCUCUGUUUGAGGAAAGCGAAGGAAACGUUGAAACGCCGCUGCUGUUGAAGAGUCUGCAGGCCAUUGCUCCUCUCUCCAUAGAAGCUUCUCUCUGCUCAGAGUAUCCACCUGACUGGAGCUUGAAGACCCGCCUCCUCUUUUCGUCUUUGCGGUCAUUGUCUUGGUCUGAGCAGCCCAAAGCUCAAGAGGAAGCAAUAGGGCUGAGUCAGCACUGCCGAACACAAUUCAUCACUUUACCUCACAGUCUACAGGAUCCAAGGUCUUGCAGUGAGCUCCGCUGUGCUUUUCAGCAAAGCCUAAUCUACUGGCAGCAUCCCAGCCUGCCAUGGGUGCCCUUGUUCCCCAGGAUGAAUGCCAAUAGAAGGUUCACAGGCACAAGCGCCCCCUGGGCACAAGACGCUACCCUGCAGCAGAGUCUGAUGAAUGAAUGGUCAGCCAGUCUGUCGUCGCUUUACAGUCUACUAAAGUCCAGGCUGUGUCCUUACUUCUAUGUGUGCGCUUAUCAGUUCACAGUGUUGUUCAGGGCAGCAGGUCUGGCAGGUUCAAGCAGCAUCACUGCUCUGAUUUCUCCCACAGCUAGAGGCCUGCGGGAGGCAAUGGAGGCUGAAGGCAUCGAGUUCAGUAUGCCUCUCUUGGAUGAAAGGAAGAAGACCAGUGAGCAACAGAAUCCUUGUAAGGAGCAGCAGCAAGAGUCAGAGCAUGAGGACUGUUGGGAUGGAGGUGAAGAUGACAAUGAAAAUGGAGGCAGCAGCCUCUCCUGGCUAAAGCAAAUAGGAGUCCAGGACAAGAUCAAGAAUCCAGACCGUGUGUCCAUGCAACUUCGCAAGGAGAGCCAAGCGGUGAGUCUGGACCACAAGCCUGAAUCUGUGCUGUCCAUAGAAGGACCGCACACCUUCACGCUCAUCAACUUCCUCAUCAACUGCAAGAGCAUCGUCGCCACGGCCGGCUCUCAGGCGGGACUUCCUCCAACAUUGUUGGCGCCACUCGCUUUUAGAGGCGCUGCCAUGCACUCACUGAAGGCUCGUUGUGUGAACGUCAAGAGCCAGGUUGGUUCUACCUACCAGAACGUCAGCUGUCUGGAGAUAGCAGGACCCAUUCUGCCAUCCUCUCUUCACGCCAUAACCACCUUGCUUGGACCCGCGCAGAAAGGAAACUUCUCAGCCACUCUCCAUACUCACACGCCAACAGCCAUCAUGAACGUGCACAACCCCAAGCAACAGUGUGUAAGCGGGACGGCGGACCUUUCUGCAUGUGGCCUUCAUCCCGCCUCCAUCCAGCAGCUGCAGCAAUCCCCCAGCCUCGGCAAGACGGCGCUCAUGCAGAUCACCAUGGAGGACUACAGCUACACUUGGAAGAACUGACGUGGUCCUAGUUUGUUUUCAGUGUGGUUUUGUUGCACAAAAUAAAGUGCACUUAGGCAUAAUACCUGCUAUACUAUGCACUGUAAAUGUAAUAUUUUGUGUUUAGUGUACAAUUGCUUUAACUUAUGUUUUUAUUUUUGUAUAUUUUAAAUGUAAAAAAAACAAAAAUAAAUAGUUUUCUACAG